AUUGACUCUUUCCCUUGACCGUCCUAAAACCUGACAAGCGCCGGACUAAGCAUCCGGGUUUAUUAUAAUACUUCAGCGCUACGGACAGUGCGCAAAAGCUCGUGUAACAAGCUUCAAGAGUUCCGGGUUAGUAUUUGCUAGAUAGCAGGUAGCACGGCGUUUAUCUCCUUUGUUUGAAUCCCGGCGUCCGGGGCUGCUCCGGGACCAAUUAAGACGCGAAGAUGGCAAACAUAUCCAAUCGCCAGCAGAUUACCGAACGCCCUGCGAGUCCACCAAGGCGUCAGCGUGCAUGUGCGCCUUGCACAAAGGCCAAGGCUCGCUGCCGCUUUGAAGGGAAUAAAGUUGAAGAUGGUUGUGAUAGGUGCCGGCGAAUGAAAAUCAUCUGUGCUCCCCAGACUUCUAAGAGCUUACGGAGACCUCGCCAGAUUAAGCCUCCCAAUACUGAGCCCGCGGACCCUGCCAAUGAUAGCUAUGCUUUUAUGAGACCUCCUAACUAUGGGCAUAUCUUACUUAAAGCUGGCCCGUUCACGACGUCGGAUCAUGAUUCAUCUGUUGAGAGCAUAACACCCCCGCCUGCUCCCCCAGUGACGGAAAGCCCCCCAUACAAUGGGACAGCUACACGGACUCUGGGAAACCCCUAUAGCCCCACAUCUAGAGUAUCGCAACCACUUCCAAUCUUACCUGCUAAGAAGAUCUCUCAGCCGGGAUUUGGGUUAACUUGGGAUCAAGCUGAGCACGCAGUAUCUAACUUCAAAAUCAAGUUUACCCCCUUUUUCCCCUUCGUCGUUCUUGAUCCCGAUGUCACCGCACAGGAAAUCCUAGCCAAGAAGCCCCUAUUAUUCAGAGCUAUCAUGCUGGUAGCGAGUAAUCUUACGCUCGCGAAGCAAAGUGAGAUCAGAAAAAGCAUACUCGCCUAUGUAGGCCAGCACGUGCUGGUAAUGGAGGAACGAGAUCUAGGCAUUCUUCAAGGUCUACUGGUUUUCAUAGCUUGGGGCGAACAUGAUUUCUACUUCGAUCAGAAGAUAACUUACUUGACUCACCUUGCAAUGGGAUACGCCCAUAACCUUGCAAUCACGCGGCCGCCUCCCACGAUGCAGCAGAAAAUGACAGUAGCAGCAAACCCGAAAGACGUGAAGGAAGCAUUGAUGAGUUAUAGUAUGACGACAGUUUUGGAAGAGUCACAUACCCCUGAAGAACAGCGAGCUUUUCUGGGUUGCAAAUACCUUCUUUCAGUGAACGCAUCACAGUUUGGGAGAGAUGGCGUGCUGAAAGGCGACUAUGUAGAUCGCUGUCUCAACUCGGUAGUACACCCUACAGACUUUGGCACAGACUUCAUCCUUGAUAAAAUUGUCAGAUUCCAGCAGAUCGUCGAGCAGAUAUCGGAGAAGUUACCUAUGCCAUCCGAAGGGGAACGCUCGAAAGUAUUUACCAUAUCCAUGAACGAGGAUAUGCAGUCAAUUCGCAAUCAACUUAACCAGCUCUUUGCGAAUAUGGCCCGAGAACACAGACAAUUUGUAUUAUUCUGGGCGAUGCAUAACUACGUCCUAGUCCGGUUAUAUCUACCAGCAUCAAGUCUAUCUCCACCACAAGACGAAGUAGCAGCACAGCUUCAACGACAGUGCAUGCUCUACUGUUUACAAGCAGCUCGAUCAUUCUUCGCGACUAUAGUCUCAAUAGGCACGGAGGGAUUUCUAUACCGGUCUUUUACCUCAUUUUCCGAGAUCCUGUUCGUCCUCGUCGCAGCCUCGCGACUUCUAUUAGUGGAGAUCGACGGUUGGGACCUUGCCGAAGCACGGAAAACAUUCGAUUUCCCGGCGACGAUGGAGAGUGUCAUAUCGACUUUCAAGAACAUCAUUAACCUCGAGGGACAGAGGGCUGCGGAAGCCGCGGCUACUUUCGGGGUAAACUUCACACCGGAUACGGCUGAUGACAUAAAAACUGAUCGCUUCUAUAAAUAUGCGACGAAGCUUGAAUGGAUCAAGAGCUGGUUCUCGACUCAGCUAACGCUAGUACCUGAUAUUGGGCUUCCGGGCGAGCCGCAGAUAGUUAGCGGUUCUAGCAAUUGGGCUCCUUGGGCCCCUUACAAUCAAGCAUGGAGCCCGUUUAUGUUUGGAUUCCUCGGAGAUGAUAAUUGGAACAUAGAUUUCUAGAAUUCUGUACGGAUUCCACGGUGGAAACAUUUAGAAAAUGUAUGAAAUAGAGAAAGAGAAUAGGACUUGGGAAAGACUGAUUCAUUUACACGCCACACCCGCAUAGAUAGCGGAUAUCAGUUAGCCAGCAUCUUUUUAGAUAUGAUACAUUCUAUCAGUUACGUCGGACAUGUCUUGAAAUAUUAUGUAAGGAUAUGAGAUUGAGAAUGCUCAUCCCCGGCCCGUGUACGGAUCCGUACGUUGUUAAGAGUUGAACCAAGCUC